UUCAUUUCCCUGCACUCUUUAAAUAUCAUGUCACGAAUCGUUUGGUGUCACAUUAUUCAACUGUCUGAUAUCUUUGGAGAACCCGACGUUUUUAUCUGUGUCAGUGUGAAUUUAUCAAGUAGGAAAACGAGCAGACUAGUUGCUUACAAAUUAACAUGUCAUCUAUCCAAGUCCUGCGGGAAGCUGAUUGCAGCCUGCAGCCGUUCAUGUGUGAAAAUCUGCAGCUCCAUGACAUGAAAGACGUUUCUCCUGGGGAGGAAACGGCAGCAUCCUCUAAAUCUAGAUUGCCUGCUCAUCAGACGUGGACCCCCAUCAAGCCAUAAAUUUGGGGCAAUUCAGUUCCGAGACAGUCAAUGGCUCUUAUCUUGGAUAAAUAUUUGCUUCCUUGGCCUUCAGCCCAGCAACAGACUACAUCACUAAUGCCUAACUGGGAAUUUCCACAGAUGAUCAGCAACUUUGCUCUGGUGCCACAACCCAAUUCACUUUGCCAAAGAUUCUUGCGUUCAUCAAAGUUGCUCUGCAGCGGAGGUACUUUAUAAUGGUGCUAUGCACACCCAGGCAUCAGGGCCCAUGAUAAAACUUGCCUACACGUAUAGCCCCGAGGGUUGCGUGACUUCUACAAGGCGCUACUGCCCAAAGUAAUAAUUUCCAGGGAGCAUCAGAGUAAACAGUUAGGAAAUUUUAAAAAAGUAAGAGGGGGAACCCCACUGUCUCUAGAUUUAUGCUCUGGGUGACAUCUCACUGUCUCACUGUUUAUGCAGCAGCACUAGACCCGCCUGCUCCUCAUGUCAAGUUUAAAAUCAGUUAUUUGACUUUGAAAAUGUAAAGAAUUCAGGUGAUGUGUCCGCCAGAUCUGCUUUUCUGGUUAAAGUUUGAGGGCCAGUCAAACCCAGGAGUAAAUCUGUCUGGUCCUAGACUGUGUUUUUUUUUCCUUGUGGUGUGCUGAAGGAGUGGGCUGGUUCUGUGUCUUGGAGUCUUCCUACAGAGAGCGCAGGGAAGAAGUUCGCACCAGUUUUGCCUCCAAUCCAGUGGAGGUUUCAAUAGCAGCAGCGCGGCAGGGGAGGGACGCACUGCCAGCACUCAGGAUACCCACUCACUCACACACACACACACACACACACUCACACACACUCCUGCCCACUAGAGACCAGUUAAAUCCGCAAGAAAACUGCAAACACGCACCAGAGCAGUCGCCUAAUCCGGUUGAUAGGCACCAACGGUAGAAGUGAGAACCGAGGGAAGUACUGGACACAACUUUUGAUUUUUUCUUUUUAAUCGCUUUAGUUGUAAGGCACUUUUUUUAAAAAAAAAAAAAAAAAUCUUGGUGAUAUCAGAGCGACUGUGAGAGGCAGAGCCAUCCUUCAGAUCACUUCGCCGCUUCAUACUCUGAAAGAAUGAGGCAGUAUAAAGGUUGGAGGGUGGUGUUCCUGGUGCUGUUGGGGCUUGGAGCUCUGGCUCAGAAGCUGCCCACGAGAGACGAAGGACUCUUCCAGAUGCAGAUCAGAGACAAAUCCCUCUUCCAUGACUCCUCUGUCAUCCCUGAUGGAGCUGAGAUCAGUGGCUACCUGUUCAGAGACACACCCAAAAGGUACUAUUUUGUGGUGGAGGAAGACAACACACCCUUGUCUGUGACUGUGACACCUUGUGAUGCUCCUCUGGAGUGGAAACUCACCCUACAGGAGCUGCCAGAAGAGGCCAGUGGAGAGGGAUCAGGAGAGCCUGAACCUCUGGACCAGCAGAAACAGCAGGUGACUGCGGACGAGGGAACGGAGCUCUUUACCUACAAGGGUAACGAUGUGGAGUCCUAUGUAGCCACCAGCACGCCUUCAGGCCUGUACCAGUUGGAGCUGCUUUCCACAGAGAAAGACAGCAACUUCAAAGUGUACGCUACCACAACUCCAGAGUCUGACCAGCCCUACCCGGAGCUGCCCUAUGAUCCUCGUGUGGAUGUGACCGCACUGGGCCGUACCACUGUCACGCUGGCCUGGAAGCCGACACCGACGGGCUCUCUCAUGGGCCAGCCUGUCCAAUACUGUGUAGUGAUAAACAAAGAGCACAAUUUCAAAAGCAUGUGUGCUGCUGAAGCUAAGAUCAACGCUGAUGAUGCCUUCAUGCUGACUCCGAAGCCUGGUAGAGACUUUAGCCCAUUUGACUUUGCGCACUUUGGCUUUGUUCCCUCUGAUAUUGGUUUUGGCAAGGAUCGAGGCCUCACAAAUAACAAGAUCUCACGGGCGUACACAGCCAAGCCCAAAGCAUCAGACAUUCAGAAGGUGUGUAUUGGCAAUAAAAACAUUUUCACUGUGUCAGACCUGAAGCCAGACACACAGUACUACUUUGAUGUUUUUGCUGUGAAUUCUGCAACCAACACCAGCACAGCAUACGUGGGAACAUUUGCCCGCACUAAAGAGGAGGCUCGUCAGAAGACAGUGGAGUUGAAGGAUGGCAAGGUAUCAGAUGUUUUCAUCAAGAGAAAGGGGAGCAAGUUUCUGCGCUUUGCUCCUGUGUCUUCCCAUCAGAGGGUCACUCUUUUUGUCCACACAUGUCUGGAUGCUGUGCAGGUCCAGGUGAGGCGUGAUGGCAAGCUACUGCUCUCUCAGAACGUAGAGGGGGUACGGCAGUUCCAGCUGAGAGGGAAACCAAAAGCCAAGUACCUGAUCCGUUUGCGAGGCAGCAGGAAAGGGGCCUCCACUUUGAAGGUUCUAGCCACCACACGACCCAGCAGCAAGCAGCCCUUCCCCUCGCUGCCAGAGGAUACGCGCAUCAAGGCUUUUGACAAACUGCGCACCUGCUCCUCUGUCACUGUGGCCUGGCUGGGCACGCAGGACCGGAACAAAUACUGCAUUUACCGUAAGGAGGUGGCUGACAAUUAUGGCGAGGAACAGCGACGCCGGGAACAAAACCAAUGCGCUGGACCAGAGACCCGUAGGAAGUCAGAAAAGGUCCUGUGCAAGUACUUCCACAGCCCGAAUCUGCAGAAAGCUGUAACUACAGAGACCAUCACAGGUCUGGAGCCAGGCAAGACGUACCUGCUGGACGUUUACGUGGUGGGACACAGUGGUCACUCAGUUAAAUACCAGAGCAAACUAGUGAAAACAAGGAAAUAUUGCUAAAUGACUCUGCAAAGAAUAAAUCUAUUAUAAAUAUAUAUAUAUUAAAUAAGUUUAUUUAACUCUAAGUGAUAUUCUACUAAGGAGUGUAUACAGACUGACUACUCACACAGCAGAUGGGCCUGUGGCAGUGACUGAACUGUUUGUAGAGAAAGAUAUCAACCUGUAUAUUUAUGUUUACAUUUCAUUGUGGCACCUCUGGGUGGCCCAUAGUGUGAGGUGCUUUGUUACCAGGCUUGUCAUCAUGUUGCCACUGGGGAGGCAGAACUUCAAAGAAGAUCAUCUUUCAUCUUGUAUGUUUCUUUGUUGCUGCAUGACAUUCGCUUUUGUCUGUCAUAUUUGUGUGAUUUUCUUUCAUUCGCUUUCAGAUCACAUUGACUGAGGAGAUACAGUAGGAGCCCGCAUUGUAUAGAUCUCUCACUGCAUAUUCACCACGUUUUAGGACGAAUUUAAAUUAUUUUAUACUUUUUGUCUCUCUUUUUGAUUGUCUGUUUUUAUUGAUGACAAUUAUAACUGUUACGAAGAAAUUCCAGUUUUAUGAGGAAGUUGUCCUAGUUCAGACAUUCCCUUAUGUAUCUCAGCCAGUGUUUGCUCUAGAGCCCAUCUUGUAAAUGUGUUCUGUGCUGGAGAUCUGUGUUAUUAUCACUGUAUCGCUGUGUGUGUGUGUCACAUGUACAGAGAUGUCCUGCCAAUAUUCAUGUACAUAAACACUAAAUAUAGAACAAGUAAUCCCUCUGUCACCCUGGGUGUCAUGUUCUUUUGCCAAGCAGUUAACAUCACAGUCAUGGCUCUGAGAUCAAAGAGCACACAUUGUGUUUAUAGACUCAGACUCUUAAAUUAGGGUUGCAUAAAUGGAACUUGAAACUUGUGAUUUGAAAUAACGUGAUCCUAAAAAUGAUUUGUGAUGAGCAAAGAUUGACAGAGGAUGAAUUAUUUGCUGGGAAUACUAAAAAUAUAACUUUUAAGACCUUUUUUUUUUUUCCAGAUCACACAAGUGGUGCCUCAGCUCCACGAGAAAAACAUUACCUCUUGACUGACUUUUGCAAUCAGUGUCUCACUGACAUACAUUCCCACUGAUGUACAAUAAUAAAUCAGUGCAUCUUGGCAUAUG